AUGAGGUUUGCAAGCACACCUGGUGCUGCUAUGUACGGACGGCCGAUGGUGUAUGUGGAGUUUAUUUCAGCUAUUGAUGAUGCUGGAAGCAGUAGGAGCGCUGUAGAAGAGCAGUUGUCCAUCACCGCAGGCCCUAGCACCGGCAUGUCGGAGCAGGUUGCCAUCACCGCUGCUCCUAGCAUCGACCCAUCGGAGCAGAUGCCUAGCCACCAUAAUAUUGACCCAGGAUAUUGGUCUGCGGUCGUCGACAUCAGCGAAUACGUGGAGGGAUUGCCUGAGGCGUUGGAUGAUGACGCUCGUUCAUCUUCGUCCGAAUCGUCAUCGGAUGAAGAAGGAGUAGGUCCUUCCCAGAGGGCGGUCCCAGGUCCAAUGGACCCUGACUUCCUGCAGACCAUGACCAUAAGCAAUGAAUUUUGGUCUGUUCCAGGCCUAGGAGAGGAUAGUCUGCUAGUUGGGCAAAGUUUUCCUGACAAGGACUCCGCUGACCAGCCAAUAAAGAGGUAUGCAUUGAGCAUAUCUCGGGAGCACAGAGUGAAGCAGUCAGAUCGAAGUCAGCUAAAAGUGAUAUGUGUCAAAUUGAAUGAGGGGUGCAUGGGGAGAGUGAUCGCUCGAAAGAGCUCUGGGGUGGGGGCUAUGGCUAAGCACCGCAACGUCACCGCUAAAUAUUUGUCACAUAUCUUGCAAGUGGCGGUGGAAAAAGACAUCAAUGUUAGUGUGAAGACGCUGCAAGAGACUGCAGAAGAUCAGAUUGGCUUCUAUGUCAGCUCCGGAAAGGCAAGGCGUGCCAAGGAGGACAUUUUCCAGAGGUUGUAUGGCACAUAUGAGCAAUCAUAUGACCUAGCCCCCAUACUGCUCCAUCAGAUAUCAUCAAAUGGUACCUUCCUCACUGGAAAGUACAAGGGCACACUCAUGUUGGCGAUCGCAGCAGAUGCAAACAAUCAGGUCCUUCCUAUUGCAUAUGCAUUGGUGGAGAGCGAGAACAAAGAUAGCUGGUUCUGGUUCCUAUGCUGCUUGAAGAUUUCAGUUGUCGAAAAUCGCCCCAAUGUUUGCAUCAUCUCUGAUCGCAACACGAGGCUAUUGAGUGUGCUCGAAUUUAUGAAGGUGGCACAAGAUCCAGAAUGGGGGUGGCCCGAUCUAGAGACAAGGUGGUGCAUGCGGUAUUUGGCAGCCAAUUUUUACUCAAAGUUCAAGAACAAGGAUUGGUUCAAGCUGUUCAAGAGAAUGUGCAUGCAGAAGACAGAAGAGAAGAUGAAUGCAAUUUGGAGUGGAAUCAAUGCCAAAAUUGAGAAAGUUGCGUUGCCACAGAGAAAAGAUCGGAGGGGUCAUACCAUGACAGUUAAUUUGUCUACGUGGAUUGCCGAGAGUUGCCCCGAUUUAAGCAAGUGGGCGCUUGCUUACGACUCUGGGGCCCGGUACGGCAUAAUAACCACCAACAUGUCAGAGGUGUACAAUGGUGUGCUGAAAGGUGUGCGCGCCCUCCCUAUCACGGCGUUGAUUACUGAAACUUGGAACCGGACUUUGUCGUACUUUGCAGACAGAGUCCAGGUUGCGAACGCUCGGGACGCACUGAAGAAGCCAUGGUCUGAAAAGAUGCAGCGACAUCUGGACGAGAAAGCAAAAAAAUCACAAAGCCAUGGUUUCCGUCAAAUUGACGCACUUAGGAAUAAGUGGGAAAUACAUGUACGCGCCAAAUUUGUGAAAGGCCACCACAGAGGCUCAAGAAAGCAUGCUGUCACCCUCGGAACUAGCUCGUGUGAGUGCAGUUGUAACAAACCAAAACUUUUUGGAUACCCUUGUAGUCAUGUCCUCAAGGCUGCUUCAGCACAGAACAUCAGCGUGGAGACCUACAUAUCUCCGUACUUCAACACAUACAACCUACAUAUAGGGAUGUAUGGCCGGAUAAAUCCACCAUAUGGGUUCCGGACCCGACGUUGA